ACAUGGUCCACAGGAAGUUUCAUCAUUCACAUCCUCUGCAGGCCAUGGGAAGCCCAAAAAUAAAGAAAAGGACUUCCCAUCAGAUGGUACCGGUGGAGACCUCUUGUGCGUCACACACGGCAUAAAUAGUGGCUGCAGCACACAGCACGUCCUACACUCUGAACAAGCUUCCACAACUGUUCACGCAAAGCCUCCCAGUUAACUUUUUUUUUUCUUUUUAAAGCACUGUUUUCUUUUUUCAUUGUGCUUCUCGCAUCCUGCUUACUCCUCUCUCUCUGAAUGUUAUGGCCAGCUCAGCACUGCAGCUUCUCGGGUUCUUCCUGUCACUGAUUGGAGUGGCUGCCACCGUGACUGCCACCAUCAUGGUGGAGUGGAAGAUGCACGGCCAUUCGCAUCGCAUCUACGAGGGCCUGUGGAUGACCUGCAGCGUCGGUCACAGGACCACGUGCGAAGUUCACGACUCUCUCCUAAAACUGUCAAAUCAGGUCCAGAUAACCAGGGGUAUUCUGCUUUUGAGCGUGUUCCUGUCAGUCGUGGCAUUAAUGGUCUCCACUAUCGGAAUGAAGUGCACCCGCUUUAUGGAAGGCAGAGCCACUGCCAAGGGUGCAGUAUCUAGGAUUGGAGGGAUUAUGUUCAUGGCCGCAGGUUUAAUGACGUUUGUCAUAACGUCCUGGUAUGUCAAGAAGAUCGUUGCCGACUUCCAUCAUUCCCAUCAUCUCCACAGCUUUGAGUUUGGCAAGGCGGUGUUUGUGAGCUGGGCCGGCGGCUUCCUCACAACGUUCGGCGGAGCGUUCCUGACCUGUCAGAGGUGCUCGAGGUCGUCGUCGUCCAGGUCUAUAAACUCCAACCGCCUCCUGCAAACCAACAAGCCCAACAGCAACUAUGUUUAGUCCACAGGAAGGACCUGCGAUUAUGGUCGUUGUCAUGACUACUGAUGAAUUGCUAUUAGUCAUCAGUACAUUGUCUGAAGAAAUUACCCAUACCUACAUUGCACUGGGUUUUUGAUUUACAGUGGAACCUCCAAAGUCGAACGAGUUCAAGCUAAAUUUCCUGGUAGUAUAUAGGUGAUUUUCAUAUACUUUGAUCAAUAACAGUUAAGACACUUGUGCAAAAACAAAAAUCUAAUUUAGCAAUUUUUAAUGCCGCCUUGGUUUGAUAUGGAUGACUGUCUUGCAUGUAGAAACAGCCAGGCUUAAAGUCCUAGUUUCAAAAGUUAUUGAUGAUCUCAAAUUUUAGGCAUUCACAGGAAAGGCAGUCCUUUUGGACAGAGCAAAUGAAAUACACUUCUUUUUAUGAUGGUAAAGACGAACGUGCAUAACCGUAAAGACAUACACAGCUUCAUAAAAAAAUCACGUGAGUUGCAGAGUUUACACCUCCUAACUACUCAUUAAACCAUAACACUCUUGUCUUUAUACAAUUGUAGUAACAGUAAAGACAUGCAAUAGUUCCAACACUAUCACAAAUUCAUACAUAGUCAUUCAUAUCGCAGAAUUAACACCAUUUAUGUUGCUUUCUAGUAUUGAGUGAAUGCAAAAUGGCUGCCUCAUUCUGGCGCUUAAUCUCAAAAGAUCUCUCGGGUGUAUUGCAACGGUAUGAUGAGGCUCUCUCCAGUGGCAUUACAGAACUAUGCAUUCAGUUGUGGAGAUAUAGCGUUAAACAGCUUUUCGCCAUUUCACUUUUCCUGAUUUUUUUGGGGGUGUCGCUUAACGCACUUUGGAGUUGGGCAUGAUUGGCCCCUCUCUUACUAUUUAAGAACUUGAACGCCUUUGUUUGUAUCAGUUGUUAUCUGGUGCAGUUGUGACAUGCAGUUAGCUAGCGAGCUAUGCCUACAACCCAAAAAUGCAUCUUCCCUUCGGAUAGUCUGUGUGUGUGGCUGCUUUCGAGUGCCUCAUUGUCAGCCGUGAGUGUGUGCACAUCAAGCAGAGAAAGGUGGAAGAGUGAGGAAGGGGGAAUUUUUUAUUUUAUUUUUUGAAGGUGACAGCUAGCAUAUGGGUGAAGUCAAAGUGCUACUCACUCAUAAAUUUAUUUAAAAAAAAUUUAAAAAAAUAAAUAAAUAAAAAAAUAUAUAUAUAUAUAUAUUUUUUUUUUUUUAUUAUUUUUUUUAUUUUAUUCGUUACAUACGAUGGCUAAGUUUCAAGUUUGUGUACAGCAUUUUAUAAGAAAGAUAAAAUAUUGUGUUUAUCUUUACUUUGAUUUUACUUUCAGAGCAGCUAGUGCAAUUUAUUGGACAGGGAGUGGCAUUUUCCAGAUAAGAUGUCCCUGCAUUUCUGGGGAUAGAGUUGAGCAAUUAGCAGAGACAUGAGACAUGGAUGUGACAAAACACAAUCAGAUUGGACAGAGCAAUUAGACAAUGCUUUGGGGGGUCGGGGGGGAGUAUUCCUCAGCGGAAGUGCAUCAAUUGAAUGUCUUGUGCAAAUGACAGAUUUUUAUGUGAAGUGACAUUUCUUCCUGGUAUAUAAUCAUAUGGAAAUGCUGUAUGAAUCUACCAGCUGCUCCUAUGUGAUUUUUUAUUUUUUAACGUGGAUAUUUAUGUAUGUAUGCAAAUAAUUUGUUCUGGACAAUAUCAUAUAUCUAAACAAAUUCAAUAGAUGAAUAAUAAAUAGAACAGCAACAAAAGAUA